GCAUCCUGUGAGUUAAGAGCAUCAGGGCGGGAUCUGCAACCCUCAGAAUGUCCCCUCUGCCCCCAGCGAAGGACAUGAAGGGCCCACCCAUGGAGCAGAAGAGGAGUUGGGGUCUCUGUGCGUGUGUGUGAGAGAGCGAGAGAGACAGAUAAGGGGGUCUUGAGUUGCGUGCCUCCAGCUGAAUUGUGUAGUGACACGUGGGAGUGUGUCGGGGUGGUUGUGAAACCCUGGCUGAGCAUGUUCGUUCUCUGAGGAGCGGCAGAAGAAGAAUGGAGAGAUAGCGUGUGCUCAUCCAUCAGUUAGAUGAACUAGGGCUGUUUAUAAACACUGGGCUGCUGGGAAUGUUCUAAUGAGCCCACUCAUUCGCAUAGUGUGCAUCCAGAAAUCAGUCAUUAUAUUUUACUUAAACAACUCCUCAUUCCCAUCACGGCCCUCUCUGAUUGUGUUCAACAGGUCCAAACCGUUAAAUACCUAUUCAGAACUUUUUCUGCCAACAGUGAGUUGAUCUUGAUCUUGAAAGCUGGACAGGACGACGUUAAAGUGUCUUUUUUGAUGUAUUACCGACUUUCCGUGCCCCUGUGUUUAAACUUGCACACGUACUGGUAUGUGUUUGAAUUAACGGUUUGUGUUGGAGGGAAGUGCAGUUUGUUUUGCGCAUGUGUGUUCCAGUGUGUGUUUGGCAAGUGUUGGACGUCGGGCUGAACUGCUGUCAGUGUCAACAUCACAAAUGCAAGAGGCAUAUCAAGCUGAGAUCCAGCACAUGCAACAUCAGAGCUGAUUCAGACAUUCUCAGUGAAGAGCGAGAAUCCAACUGAUCAGAUGAGAGAGGGGACAGAUCCUGAGCUGAGCAUGUCUAUCGGCGGCUACCUCUCCACAUCAGACACAUUUGACAUCACAGAGCCGUCACAGUACUAUGAUGAUCUUGUGGAUCCACUGAGCUGCUCUUAUCAGGAACCAGAUCUACAAAGCCCUCUCUAUGGCCACCAGCCGUUCAGCCACGUCAAUGUGCAGUUUUCAAUGUAUGGAGCGCCAAACGCUCAAGCAUGCAACCCGCCGUACCCCUACAGCCAUCAGUGCUCUGAAUUCACCUGUGAACCAGACAUGGAGGUCCAAAGCCCAACAAGAGGCAGCAUUGUCGGUCUUCAAGUGCCAAAAAGGCCCAGGAUGAACCAUGGAGCUCAAGUGAAGGGCCAGGAUGAGCUGUGUGUGGUGUGUGGAGAUAAAGCCUCGGGAUAUCACUACAAUGCCCUCACCUGUGAGGGAUGCAAAGGUUUCUUCAGACGCAGCGUGACUAAAAAGGCAGUGUACCGCUGCAAGAGUGGUGGAAGCUGUGAGAUGGACAUGUACAUGCGGAGAAAGUGUCAGGACUGCAGACUGCGCAAGUGCAGAGCCGUCGGGAUGCUGGCAGAGUGUCUGCUUACAGAGGUGCAAUGCCAGUCAAAGAGACUGAGGAAGGGCACCAAUCACAGAGGACACAACGGAUCAACAGGAAGAGCUGAAGAUGACUACACUGAAAGCAGAAGUGUCUCAUCCACCAGCAGAUUCACCACACGGGUAUCUGGUUUCUCCAGAGAGCAGAGAUGCAUUCUGAAUAGAAUUGUUGAGGCUUAUCGUAGGUACAUAAUUCAAGACAACACGCACUGCCGGGUGCCUCUGUGGUCAAGUUUGACAAACAGUGUAGAUCUGACUCCUCCUCAGACAGAGAAGCUUUUGCAAUUUUUAAGGAGUGUACCUGGGUUUGAGCUUUUGGAUAGUUCUGACCAGAACACUCUUCUGUCCAGCUCUUCAGUUGAAGUCAUGUUCCUACUCUUAGCUCAGCAGUUCUCUGAGAACCCCACUACUGUUAGCACUGCUUUAUACUCAGCAAAUUUGAAUAACUCAAACCCUGAUUGGGUGAGAACUUUAGAGUCCAAGACUGGGAUCAGGACAUUGACACACUCAGGGUUGAAUGAUGAGUUCUUGAGGUCUGUGGUAAAUUUCCUCCACAGCAUGGAGACUAUUGUGGUAACUGAGGCUGAAUAUGCACUUCUAACAGCGACUGCAGUGUUAUGCUCAGACAGGCCGUCUCUGCGUGCGGUGGGCUGUGUUGAGAACUUACAGGAGUUUGUUUUGGAGCUCUUGUCCCGAGCUUGCUGCUGCUGUAGUCAGGGGACGGCACAAGACCCGCGACGCUUUGCCAGGCUCCUGGGACGGUUGACAGAGCUGAGAACACUACGACACAACCACCUCACCCUUCUCCCACAGCAACCCUGGGGCAUGCAGUCUUGAGACAGCCUUUAGGGAGAGAGAUUUAUGACAUCUGAUCUCUGUUGCAAUACACUUUUAAUUUUUGCCCAGAACAAUAUCCUAGGUCAGUGUACUUUUGGUUACCCAUGUGCAAACAUAGUUUAGUUUAAUAAAAAAAUAAAACCAAUGUAAGCUCCAUGAUGUGAUGAUUUCUUAU